AUGUCACAAAUUCAAGUAUUAACCUCGGUAAUCCAUCAAUUGCAUGAGAUUAGUGGUAACUCAUCAUACAAAUAUAUGCUCAUAACUCAAGAUGAUUCACGUCCCAAUACAGAAUUGACUUUCCAUUAUUCACCUCAUUUCAACCUGGGACAAAUUGAAGAAUUGAAAUUGUUGUUAGGAAGAUCGUCAUUAACCACGAUAAAACCAACUUUAAUCAACCUGUUUCCUUUAAUAUUGACCAAGAACCAAUCACCUCAACAGUUGCUUAAUCAGUAUCGUGACUUGUUCAAUUCGUUAUCACAAUAUGUUUGUAAAGAUGUUGCUAAAGCCUGGAUCAAGAUACUUGAACCUAAUAAACAAGCAUUGUUCCCUUAUCGUGAUUAUAAUAAAUCAAAACCAGAUUGGUGGCCUCAACAUGUGAAUCACAUAGAACCUGAUCAUUUGGAUAAAAUAGGUCGUGUUGAAGUGUUGAUUAAUGUCCUAAGACAUCCCAGGUUUGAUUUAAGACGAGUGGAUUUAAAACUGUAUCAAGAAAAACCGGUCUUGUUCUCCUUGCUCAAAGAAAUCUUAUAUUUGGCAAUGUAUGAACGUGUGUUUUACAAUUUACUUCGUCAUCAAGAUGAGUUAUUUUACUUGAUUCCACAACAUGAACGGGACUUGUUUGAUUUUAAUCAGAUUCAAAUCAUGACUAGUCGGUUGAAACAUCCUUUCAAACCCAAUGAAGUUGUUAUGGCAAGUAAGAUUAUUCCCAGGGAAAUUAAUUCAAGAAUCUACGGAUUGAACGAGACUAAUGAGAUGGAUGGAGAAAACGAAGAGGGUCGCAGGGGUAAGAGAAGGACCUUGGUUGUGAAAUUAAGACAUAGACGUAGUGGGAAAAUUAAAAAACCUAGUGUUCGAAGAAAACAAACUAGAGCAACGUUUAAACAAGAGAUUGCCAAGUUGGAAAAAGAGUCAAAGGCUAGUCAAGUAAAAGGUAGGGAAUGCAGCAUUGAUGUUACUCCUGUUGUAGAGAUAAAAGAAUCUGGGACACGAGUACAAGACGUUGAUCGUUUUGAAAACAAGAAAGUUCUUAUCAAGAUGGAAACCAAAUCUACUACUCAUACGGAGAGCGAGUUGAAGGAAAAGGAUGCUGAACAUUCAAAUGCUGACUCUACCAACCCAGUUAAAGUUGAAGAAUAUACUGGGUCAAGAGAAAUUGCGCUGGAAAAUUAUGAAGAAGCAAAGCUUGGUUCUCCAUUUAGCUACAACCCGGAAGAAGAAGCUUCCAAUGACAGUAUGGACGAUGUAACUGAUGACGAAUAUGUCGAUGAUGGUGAAGAAGACAUUGUGUAUCAAGAGUUAGGAGCUGAAGUUGACAACCACAACGGAAGAAUCAGCAACACCAGCAUGCUAAUAACUCCUGAAUUUGAUUCCUCAAGCAAGUUUGACAUAAAAAGAUUCCCAAGAAACAGCAAGAGUGCUGGGGCUUGCCAAUAUCCAAUCACACCUGCUUCGAGUAGUAAUAAUAUGCAAAACAUGACAUUUUCACUAAGGACAAGACUGAAGCACGUGAAGACAAGUGGUAUCCAACAACAAAACAAAGAGGAUGUUGCUACUGCUGAUCAAGAACCAACGAACAUCACAACCCAAAACGAGGUUGCUCAUUAUUCAACUCCAUAUAAUAACAUCAUAACCCAAGUCAACUGCCCAUCAACACCUCAUCCAAACUUCACAUUAUCCACUGGUCACAUUAAGCAAGAUUUCCUUGAUUUUAAUCAACUUCCAAUGUCCAAUGACGAGUUUGAGAAUAAUGUAAUGGGAGUCAUGAACCAAAUUGGGACCAAUACUUCAUGCCAAGAUAUUGACGGUUGCGAUGGAGGAGGUUUUGAGUCGGAUUUGACUGAUUAUGUAUCUGAUCACUCGAGUUGUGAUGGUAGCUUUGUUGAGAAGAGUGAUGAUACUGAUUAUGAUAUUAUUGAUCAGUGUGAGUUAAAGAGCGAGCAUGACAAUCAAGAGGAUGAUUAUAAUGGUAGUUAUGUUGCCGGCAAUGGUGAAGUAUCCAUUCCUUGUUGUUUAAAUAUUUAA